AUGGAAACUGAUGAACAGUUAUGUUCAGAUUGCAAGAAAUACACACAAGUUGUGAUUGACCACCGGUCCGGUGACACGAUCUGCACCGACUGUGGUUUGAUUGUUGAAGCCUUCAGCAUCGAUGUCACCGCCGAGUGGCGAAAUUUUGCGGAUAAGGAUCCCAAGGAAGACCGGGCUCGCGUCGGUGCAUCCUUGAAUCCUUUGCUGGAUAAUGGCAUUCUUACCACUUGUAUUUCCCAAGAAAAGAAGCAAAACAAGAACAAGGAUAACGCCGAAGGCGUUGUUCCUCCAAAUAACCGGUUGAAUAACGUUGAGACGUCGAACCCUCAAAUGUCUCUCGCAAAAGCUACAGAACACCUCGAAGCCAUGGCUUGCCGGCUAGACAAUCAUGGCCUUCCCGAAGGCGUACUCUAUGAUGCCAAAGUGUUAUACAAGAAGGCCGUUGACAAGAAGAUCUGCAGGGGGAGAAAGUUUGGUGCUAUGAUGGCGGCUUGCCUGUUCCUUGCUUGCCAAGAAAACCAUAGUUCGCGAACACCAAAGGAAAUCGCCGGGGCUGCCAAUGGACCCUCCAUGAAAGAAAUUACCAAGAUGGUAAAAUUGUUGAAAGAAGAGCUGGAGCUCGUUUCCAAAGCUACAGACGCUGGGGACCUAUGGCGGCGAUACUGCUCGAAUCUUGGCAUGAACAGUAUUCAGGAUCGGAAGGCUGUGGAAGAGACUCUGAAGAACUUGGCGAAGCUUGACAUAAGGAGAAGCCCUACAUCUGUUGUGGCAGCGGUUCUGUACAUGAUAGUGAAGCUUGCUUCCAAUGGCAAGACUGUUGAAGAUGUCCAGCAAGAAACUGGUGCUUCCGUGGGGACGAUUAAAAGCACAUACAAGGAGAUUUAUCCCUAUGCUUCAACGAUAGUACCCAACUGGUACUGCAAGUACUUGGAGGACAUCAAGAAUCUGAACACUCGUUGA